UGAAACAUCCAGUUUGUGUGAAACAAGAAGUGCCCGGAAAAGUUUUGUUGCUGAGUUUUUAUUUUCUUUUCAAAAAUAAUUAUUCAGAGAUUUCCACGCAAAAGAGAUUGAAAAUGAGUGCAGUGGAUGGGCAACUGUCCGUAUCGACGCUGCGGCAGAUGCUGGUGUCCCUGGUCAAUUUUACAGGGACACACAAAGAGCAGGCAGACAAGUACCGAUCCAUCCUUGAAGCUAUUCUCACCAAAAGCGGUCCUGAUGUGGCGGACACCCUUAAACUUUUCAUUGAAUCCAUCGUAAAUGAGCACGUGAGCUUAGUAAUCUCCCGGCAAAUUCUUACCGAUGUCGCCGUGCAUUUGACUAAACUCCCGGACGAUACCUCAAAAGUCAUCUCACACUUUACCCUCGACAAAGUCCAGCCACGCGUGAUUUCUUUCGAGGAGCAAGUUGCGAGCAUCCGGCAGCAUCUAGCAAAGAUUUAUGAACGUCAGCAGAAUUGGCGCGAGUCCGCAAAUGUGCUCGUUGGGAUUCCCCUGGAGACGGGACAGAAACAGUACUCGGUGGACUACAAGCUGGAGACUUACUUGAAAAUUGCUCGACUCUACCUCGAGGAUGAUGAUCCCGUUCAGGCGGAAGCCUACAUCAAUCGUGCAUCACUGCUGCAGGCUGAGACGAAGAGUGAGAAGCUCCAGGUUCUCUACAAAGUUUGCUAUGCUCGUGUCCUGGACUACCGGAGGAAGUUCAUUGAGGCAGCUCAGAGGUACAAUGAGCUCUCCUAUAGGACCAUUGUGGAUGAAGAGGAGCGCAUGACGGCACUGAAGAAGGCACUAAUUUGCACCAUUCUCGCCUCAGCUGGACAACAGAGAUCACGAAUGCUUGCCACACUCUUCAAAGAUGAACGUUGCCAACAUCUCCCGGCCUACUCAAUUCUCGAGAAAAUGUACCUCGAUCGCAUUAUCAGACGAUCCGAGCUGGAGGAAUUCGAGGCUCUGCUGCAGCUCCAUCAGAAAGCCAGCACACUCGAUGGAUCCUCCAUCCUGGACCGUGCUGUUUUCGAGCACAAUCUCCUGUCUGCCAGUAAGCUCUACAAUAACAUUACUUUCGUCGAAUUGGGGGCCCUUUUGGAAAUUUCCCCCACAAAGGCUGAGAGAAUCGCCAGUCAGAUGAUUACCGAGGGACGCAUGAAUGGGUACAUCGAUCAGAUUGAUGGUAUCGUUCACUUUGAGACACGAGAAAUUCUACCGCAGUGGGAUAAACAAAUUCAAUCCCUGUGCUACCAAGUAAAUGGGAUUAUUGAGAAGAUUGGCAUUGCUGAACCAGAAUGGAUGUCUCGUACGCUUGAUGAGCAAAUGCAGAAUUAAAUAACACUAAAUGCUAAAAUUAAAAUUGAAUUAAAAGAACUUCUUAUCAUAAA